AUGAUGAUAAUAAAACAAGAAAUAAUUAAAAAUUUAGUAUAAAAUGCUGGACAACGUUAAAGUCUUUUCAUUGACCAAGAAGUUUUGCUCAACGUUUAAAAUGGGUUCCAAGAUGGCGUCCUGGUUAGUUAUACUAAGUAUAAUAGGAUACUCUUUUGCUGUGCCAACGACAUCAGAAACCAAAGCUGUUGAGACUCCAAUGACUUCUGUUGCACCGCCUGAAAUAAUGGUCAAACAUGAACCUUCAAAACUAACCCAACUUGAUGGUCGUGUUGUGGGCGGUGUUGAAGCUCGCAUAGAAGAUUUUCCUUACCAAGUAUCAGUACAAUAUGCGUGGCGGCACAUUUGUGGAGGAGCUUUGAUAGGCUCGAAGUUUAUCCUCACCGCUGCUCAUUGCACAGAUGGUGUGACAGAUCCUAACCUUUUCAAAAUACGCGCUGGAUCUUCUUUGCACAAUUCCGGGGGAAUCAUGCGAUCAGUCCGACGCAUCUACCAACAUCCUCAGUAUAACAGCAUCAAUAUAGAUUAUGAUGUCACUGUGCUAGAAAUGAACAACCCAAUAUUCUUUUCAAAGAUAGCUCGACCUGUCCCGUUGAUUGAUGCGGGUAUAGUUGUGCAAAACGGAGCAAUGAGUAUUGUCUCCGGCUGGGGAUAUCUAUCAGAGAAUGGACAAGGACCUCAAAAGUUGCACGCAGUAGAGGUACCUAUUGUAAGUCGUGAAAGAUGUAAUAAAGCCUAUGGGGAAGGUGUUAUUACCGAACGAAUGAUCUGCGCGGGUCAUAUUGAUGAAGGUGGCAAGGAUGCUUGUCAAGGUGACUCCGGUGGACCUUUAGUAUCCAAUGGUAAACUGGUAGGAAUUGUUUCCUGGGGUUAUGGGUGUGCUCGACCCAAAUUCCCUGGGGUUUACACCAAUGUUGCCGCUAUCAGGGAUUAUGUAAAUCAAAUUAAUCCUCAACGUUUUCCAAAAAUGUGUCCAAAAUUUUUCUUUUUAUUAAUAACUAUAUCUGUGUUAUACGUAAAAGUCAUUUGUGAUGAUGAGUUUUACGAGUAUUACAACUACGGUGAUGAAAAAAUCGUCAACGGUUUCGAUGCGGAUAUGAAAGACUUUUACUAUCAGAUAUCGCUCCGGAUAGCCGGUAACCAUUUUUGUGGUGGUACCAUUAUCUCGGAUCGAUUCGUUCUCACCGCUGGGCAUUGUAUUAAACCACACUUAAGUCACGUAACUAAAUUAACUAUUCAAGCUGGUACCACUAACGUUGGAAGUGAAUCCGGACAAAUUAUCAGUGUAACCAAAGCGUAUCUACAUCCACAAUUUAACGACACCUCGCUUGAUUAUGAUAUGGCUUUGGUUGAGCUUGCAAAUGAAUUGGAUUUCACAGAAACAGCAAGACCCAUCCGGGUUGCAAACAGAAAAAAGUUUCCUUUGGACGCGCUGGCUGUAGUGUCAGGAUGGGGUUACACUAGUGAAGGAGGAACUGCUGCCAAAACCCUACAAGCUGUCAAUGUGCCAUUGAUACCGCCAUUGACUUGUCUUGAGUUUUAUAAGAAAACUUUGACUUCAAGGAUGAUUUGUGCUGGUUAUGUUGCUGGUGAAAAGGAUGCCUGUCAAGGUGAUUCUGGAGGUCCUUUGGUGUUUGAAAAAGAAAUAAUUGGUAUUGUUUCAUGGGGCAGAGGGUGUGCCCGUCCAAAUAGACCUGGGGUUUACACAAAUAUCUACGCCAUGAGGAGUUUUCUUAAUAAAUAUGCAGGAAUUGUUUGAAUUAUGUAAAAACAACUUUAAAACAAUUAUAUUUAUCAGUUUGUUAAAUUAUAAACUUGUAAUUUGUCUUAUAAAGUUUCUAAUUGA